UAGAGCAAGACGUGUUUUUCCCUCUGCUGUUAGCCCUAAUUAGCGCCACAUUUUUGCCGUAGCAUUUUAGUGGACCGGCCCCUCCCCCCCCCUAAAAACAAAACAAUGUGAAAUUUUUGAACGACUUCUGUUGUUUUGCUGCUUUGCGACAUGUCUGCUCUAAGAGGGACCUCCAGCAACAAGCUCAAUUUAUUGGUCGACAAGCUUCAUGAAUAUUUGGCUCAUUCCAGCAUCGAGGACAGCAAUGGCUCACCUACAUCAGAGGAAUCAAGUGGUCAGACAAACAAACGGUUUUCUCUGGAGAACUCAACAGUGGAUAAUGCUACAGAGUCUGGCUUGGACACUAGAUACUCAAGGAGAAAACCUUCAGUAGUUGUAAAGCACUCUGGACUGGAUGAAUCUGGAGAUUCCAAUGCAAGCGAAGACCUGGAGAUACCUGUCAGCUCAAAUGGUCACCUUGAUGUCACUAGAUUGCCUAAAGGUACAGUGCUGGUCAGACCCGAGCCAGUGGACAACGGCAAGGAUGAAUUCAGAGGUCCAGAAUUUCGUAGCCGCAAGCCAGGAGUACUUCGCAAAGAGUUUUCAAGGAAACGUGCAGGAGGGCAACAUGUGGGAAUUGUGUGUUGCACUGCGUGUGGCCGACAGGUUAACCAUUUCCGCAGAGAUUCCCUUUAUCAACAUCCGGUUCUGAAAGUACUCAUUUGCAAGUCAUGCUACAAAUAUUACUCAAGUGAUGAUAUCAGCAGGGAUGAAGAUGGCAUGGAUGAGCAAUGCAGGUGGUGUGCUGAAGGAGGCAACUUAAUCUGUUGUGAUUACUGUAGUAAUGCUUUCUGCAAGAAAUGCAUUCUUAGAAAUUUGGGAAGAAAGGAGCUCUCUAGCAUCUUGGAGAGCAAAUGGUACUGCUACGUGUGUAGCCCAGAGCCCCUUUUUGACCUGGUGAUGGCAUGUGACACUGUCCUGGAGAAUGUAGAGCCUCUCUGGUCUCAGCAGCGAAGGAGAAACCGAGCAGAGCCGGAGAAGUCUCAACUGUACCACACGCUGUCACCACGCUCCCCGCAGAACAUUUCUUUGGAUAAAUGGGAUCACAGCGGCAUGGACGGAAACGUGGUCUUCAACUACAACAAUCUGCAAGUUUCCAAGGAUGUUACCAAAAAGGCAAAACAUCUGGUGGACUCAACAAACGCCUUAAACCAAACAUUCAUCAAUUUUAUUGAGACGGUAACAUCAAACAAACAAACUCCUAGUGUCCGUGCUGUGUAUCUGAAUUCCUUUUUAGCUGUGCUUACAGGCCUGCGAAGGUCUCUCACAGCACUAGAGGACAGCCUUAAAGAGGAAUUUAGUGACCUGGAUGUGAUGAGCAAUUGGGAAAAUAUCCUCAGCAAUGAUUGUAAUCGUCUUAUGACAAAUGCAGUUGAACUGGAUAUGUCUGAUGAAAGAUGCUUGAGUAACUUGCAGAAACUGGCAGCUGAGCACUUUGAAGAUAAUGAUUCUGAUUCCAAAGGAUACAUUGACCUGACAAGUGACUGCUCUGGAAAGGAACAGGAUUCAUGUUCUCAAAACAUCGGUCUCAAGCCAUCUACGAGUGAGGUUGAUAUGUCUAAAAAACUAAUUGUACAACUUACGCCUGUACCUUUGGAGCAGAAACAAUCAUCUGAUGUCCCAAAGUUGGAAGACAACUUCCCAGAGGAGGAAAAUAAAUCUAAGGAUGUCCGAGAAGAUGAGGAAGCAGUCGAUGUGAGUCCUAAAGAUGAGAGACAGAUGAGCAUUGACAACGCUAAUACACCUCUGUUCCUCAAGGAGAAACAAGGCAACAGGCGAUCCCCUCGUUUGAAGACGACUCCUUUGCGGCGACAAAGUGACAUGAUAAUCAAACCAUUACUUUCAGGAAGAGACAGUGAGAGUGACUCCGGCCCAGAGGAGACCCCUGACACAGUACCUGCAACAGACAAUGAUGAACAAAAUUUGAGCAGGUCAAGAGAUGAUUCCGAUUCAGAUGAAGUGCCCGCCGCCCUUCUUGAGCGGGCAGCGAUGAGGCAGAGCUCAGAUGAACCUCAGAGCGACGAGGAUGGAAGUCAAGUACCACCGGACAAGGUGGCCAAGAAAUAUCUGUUUUGGCUCACCAAGAACAGUCCGAUGUCACCAGAGAAGCUGCGGCGAAAACGCAAGAUGCUGGACCGCUCCUCUGAAUCUGAAUCGGGCAACAGAGUAGUUAAAGCUCAACAGGAAAGUGGCACAGAUUCAUCAAGUGAUGAUCAAGACUCUCAGAAGGAAAUACAACACUUGAGUACAGUGAGGACCAUCGGAAAGCCUCACCUCAUUAGACGAGAAGAGGAAGGUGUCAUGAGAAAGCAGAAGAGGGUGCAAGCCAGCAAGUCUAAAGGGAAACCUCCACAGGAUGUGACUGAUUCCUCAUCUUCGUUAAGUGAUGAUGAACAGGAAGACGACUCUGGGAGUGAUGCAAGUGAUCAGAAGAUGAAGCCGAUCACAGAAAAUGUGGCCUCUCUCGGAGUGGCAGCAUUCCAACAAUCAUCAGGAGAUGAAGAGCAAUCUGGCCCUUCAUGGGCAGCAGAAGAAGAUGAAGAUCCUGAAAAUAGAAUCGCUAAGAAAUUGCUAUUGGCCCAAAUUAAAGCCAACCUCUCUUCGGAUGAGGCCAUUUCUUCUGAAGAGGAAACUCAGGAGGGUCGGUCUGCAUCAGAUGGUGGCAGGGUACCUACUCAAGGCAAUGUGGAUAACGCAGCAAAUAAAUACGGAGAAGACCUGGUUUCAGAAUCAUCAGACUGCAUGUUUGAUGAGCCUAUGUCCAGGCACCAUCUUCUCCGCCACAAACUUGCAUUAGAUGAGGGAGCUUCAAGUGACAAGGCAGAACCUGAGGGUGAAGUAGGGAUGCAGGAGAACAAGAGAAGAACCAGGAGAAAACAUCUGUUUUCUGGUAGUGAAGCGUUUAGUGAAGGUACUGAAGAAAUGGAGAUGAGCGAGGAGCUGAGUGAGUCGGAGGAUGAGGCUACUAAAGACGGGCUCCAGAGAUCAGGCAGAAAAGAAAGAGAAGCAACUUCUGGUUUUGAACUGAAGAAGCAAGUGCCUUACAUUUUGCUGUCUGACUCCAGCAUUGAAAAGAGCGACGAAGAGGGUGCACACGAAGAGGACAGCGAAAGUCAAGGCACCCCAAAAGGACGCAAAAAGAUCCGCAAAAUUAUUGACGAUGAGAACCUCCGUGCUGAGACUCAGGAAGCCCUCAGAGAGGAGGAGGAGAGAUGUAAGCGUUUGGCUGGUAGAGUGCAGAUGGAGGACUGGAGAGAGAUAACUGUAAUCCCAGAUGAGCUGUCUCAAAUGGAAUGCCCCGUCACAACCAAGCUGGUCCUGGACCAGAAUGAAGAGACCAAGCUGCCACUGGUUCAGGUGCACAGGAACCUGGUUACGAGCCUGAAGCCUCACCAGGUGGACGGUGUCCAGUUUAUUUGGGACAGCUGCUGUGAGUCUGUGAAGAAGGCAAACUCUUCUCCCGGGUCAGGAUGUAUCCUGGCACACUGCAUGGGUUUGGGAAAGACUCUACAGGUGGUGACGUUCCUUCACACAGUGCUCCUCUCAUCAAACUUGAAAUUCAGAACAGCCUUGGUGGUUUGUCCACUUAAUACUAUCCUCAACUGGAUCAGUGAGUUCAAUAAAUGGCAACACAACCUUGGAGAAGAUAGAGUCAAGAUUUCAGAGCUGGCUACUCUAAAGGAUCAUCUGGAACGCCUUAGAGCUCUGCAGAGGUGGCAGAGAGAUGGAGGUGUUAUGAUAAUAGGGUAUGAGAUGUACCGCAUCCUGUCUCAAAACUCUAAAGCCAUCAACGAGGAUUGGAAGAAGGAACUGAAGAGCGCAUUAGUAGACCCAGGUCCAGACAUUGUGGUUUGCGACGAGGGUCACAUUCUUCGUAAUGAAGCGUCAAGGAUCUCCAAAGCCAUGAACGCCAUUAAGACCCAAAGAAGAGUGGUACUAACUGGUACACCGCUUCAGAACAACCUUGUCGAGUACCACUGCAUGGUGAAUUUCAUCAAGAAGAAUCUUCUGGGCUCCCUGAGUGAGUUCAGGAACCGCUUCAUCAACCCAAUUCAGAACGGCCAGUGUGCCGACUCCACCCUGAUGGACGUCCGGAUCAUGAAGAAGCGCGCCCAUGUUCUUCAUGCAGUUUUGGCUGGAUGUGUGCAGAGAAGAGAUUACUCAGAGCUAACUAAGUUUCUGCCUCCAAAACACGAGUAUGUGCUGUCGGUGAGGAUCUCCCCACUUCAGUAUAAGAUGUAUCGAUACUACCUCGACCAUGUCGCAAGUGAGGGCUCCAAGACCAAAACAGGUGCGCACCUCUUCAAGGAUUUUCAGGUCCUCAGCCAAAUUUGGAGUCAUCCCUGGUGUCUUCACCUCAGCAACGAACACAGGAAGAAAAAUGUUUAUAAGAAGAAUCAGUUUCAGAAAACAGCACAGCUGAUAAAUGUAGAGACAAUUGUGGCUGAGAGUGGGCUGAAAGAGAAUGAAGGAAAAGAACUGAAUGACAAUGGAAACAGCACCAUGUCUACUGAUGUACCCCAAAUUGUGCUGGAAGGAGCGAAAGCAGCCUGCAGGCCGAGGUCUCAGAGUCCCAAUCAGGCCUGGUACAAGCAUCUGUUGACUGAACGUGACGUCAGAAUCAUGGAGCAUUCGGGGAAAAUGUUGCUUUUGUUUGAAAUCCUCCGAAUGGCCGAAGACCUGGAUGAUAAAGUGCUGGUGUUCAGUCAGUCCUUGAUCUCACUGAACCUAAUUGAGGAAUUCCUCGCAGCUUCUCACGAGGCCAGAGACCCAUUAUCAUCUCUCAAAAAUGGCAGCUGGAUUAAAAACGUGGAUUACUAUCGACUUGAUGGCUCUACCAGUGCUUCAUUAAGGAAGAAAUGGGCGGAUGUGUUUAAUAACACCAGUAACUUCCGUGGCAGAUUGUUUCUGAUUUCAACGAGAGCUGGUUCACUUGGGAUCAACCUUGUGGCUGCUAACAGGGUCGUUAUCUUUGACGCAUCGUGGAAUCCUUCAUAUGACAUACAGAGCAUAUACAGAGUGUAUCGCUUCGGUCAGCUGAAACAAGUGUUUGUGUACCGCUUGUUGGCUCAGGGAACCAUGGAAGAGAAGAUCUACGAUCGUCAAGUGACCAAGCAGUCUCUCUCCUUUAGAGUUGUAGAUCAUCAACAGAUUAAGAGACACUUCACUCAUUUUGAACUGACAGAACUCUACACAUUCGAACCAGACAUGCUUGAUGAUCCAAACUCUAGAAAAAGCAAGAGGCCGACACCUAUUCUGCCAAAGGACAGCAUCCUAGCACAGCUAUUACAAAUCCAUAAAGACUGGAUAGUGUCUUACCAUGAGCAUGAAUCCCUGCUGGACCACAAGCAAGAGGAAGAGCUCAGUGAAGCAGAGCGCAAAGCUGCGUGGGCUGAGUAUGAAGCCGAGUCGAACCCAGCCAAACUCCCAGACAAUUCAAGCCAGGACACAUUGCAGAAGAAGACCAAUGAGGAGCUACUGGAGCUACUUAACAAGAGCAGAACAAAUGUAUCAGUGAAUUUCCUGAACCUGCAGAAGAUGAGGGCUCACACUAUUGAGGACUACAUCUUACGACUGCACCAACAGUACCCCCUCUUGCCUCAAGCAGAGCUGCAGAUCAAAGCCCAGCUUUGGAAACAGUCUGAUGAUAACAGACGGGAACUCGCACAGACCCUUUAUCGAGCCUCUCUCGCGAAGCAGCAAACUCUCACGCUCCAAAUUCAGGCCAUAUUCAACAGUCGACGCACCGUGACGCCCGCUAAUCCGAGUACUUCAAACCAGCCUGGGGAGGUGUGAGCGAGGAAUCCAAGCCUCACGAGGAAGACGCUAAUGUCUGCUACUUUAGUCACUUUGCUUUAUCUCUUCUUCUCUUAACAACUGAAUGUAAACUGUAAUGCUAAACACUUCCAUUGUUUUAAUGCUGCAUUAGUAUAACUGUGCACUUUAAUAGAAAAUUGUUCACAAAUAUACCUUUUAAUUAUUCUGUGUAGAAAUCAAGUGAUUCUGCAUCUUAAAAAAAUUAGAGAAGUUUUAUUGUGAGAUAAACAUUUUUUCUUAUAAAUUAAACUGUUAUAUUUUGCACUGAUAUCUCUGAAUCCAGUAUAGGUAUCUAAGAGUAAACUGGUUUCAUGGUGCAGCUCUCCUAAUGUUCCCAUUAAAACAGCCUUUCUUCAGUUAAA